CUGAUGGGAGGAAGGUGGUGUGUGCAGAGUGGCUUUUGUGCUCUUCCCAGGGUCGGAGCAGCAGCUGGCAGGUGUUUGCAGAUCUCUUGUUUCAUUAUCUUUUCCAGGAUCUUCCCAGACAAAGAGAAUGGCAAUAAGAACAUUCUAGACAACUGAGAAUAAUAAACAAUUUUGAAAAGGAAACCAUAUGGAGCCAGAAAUCAAAAUAUUUUCUAUUUCCUUCAGAAAACCACAUAAUUCUUCUCCUUCCACAUCAGGCAGAAGAAUGCCAAAGACAGCACUGUGGAGAACUGAAUCACAAGCAGCAUUAAAAUGCAGAGGAAACCAAGGUAGCAAUCAAAAUCUUUUUAGUUCCUCCAGAAAACCCCAAAACUCCUCUUCUUCCCCAGCAGUUUACAGACAAGGAAGACAAAACCAGGAAAAGAGUUUUGAGAUGGACAAAAAAAAAAAUAGAGUAUCUGGAAGAAACAUAUCAAAAUAUCAAGGGGCAUAAUUUCCUAGUUCAGAAAAAGAGGGAAAUAUCUGGAAGUCAGUGGAAACAAAAAAGUCACUUGGACAGCCAGAUAAGGCAGACCAUAAUGCAGGCCUCACCCUGUGAGGAAGGAAAUAGUAGCUUGAAUCAAUGCUCCAUCCAAGAAGGGAUUCAGAGUAUUUUUUACGUCCUUGAGAAUCCAAGAAUGUCAGUGGUGGAAAAGAUCCACAGAUCUGCCUAUUGUGGAAAAAGCAAAGAUUGUAGAAUUAUGCCUGAGAUGAUCCUUACUGGAGAAAAGCCCUGUUCCCAUGGAAAGGCUCACACCAGAGAAAAGCCCUACCAGUUGUCUCAAUGUGGCAAAAGCUAUAGCAAGCAGGCCAAGCUGAUAAUACACCAGAGGACUCACACAGAGAAACCGUACAUAUGUCCAGAUUGUGGGAAAUGUUUCAGUCAGAAUUCCAAUCUGGUGAUACACCAGACAACACACACAGGAGAGAAACCAUAUGAAUCUCUGGUUUGUGGAAAAAGUUUUCGUCAGAAUUCCCAUCUGGUGAUAGACCAAAAGACUCAGACAGGAGAGAAACCGUAUGAGUGUCCAGAUUGUGGAAAACAUUUUAGUCAGAAUUCUGAUUUGGUGAGACACCAGAGGACUCACACAGGAGAGAAACCAUAUGAAUGUCCAGAUUGUAAGAAAAAUUUCAGUCGAAAUUCCAGUUUGGCAAUACACCGGAGGAUUCACACAGGAGAAAGACCCUUUGAAUGUCUUGACUGUGAGAAAAGGUUCAGUCGUAAUUUUGAACUGGUGAUACACCAGAGAACUCACACAGGAGAGAAACCUUUUAAAUGUCCUGACUGUGGGAAAAGUUUCAGUCGUAAUUCCAGCCUGGUGAAACACCAGAGGACUCACACAAGAGAGAAACAGUAUGAGUGUCCGGAUUGUGGAAUAAGUUUCAUUCAGAAUUCUGAUUUGAUGAGACACCAGAGGACUCACACAGGGGAGAAACCUUUCAAAUGUCCAGUCUGUAGAUCUUACUUCAGACAUAAAUCAUCCCUUAUUGCACACCAAGAAAUACAUAUGAGGCAAGAGUAGAUGAGUUUAGCGAAUGCUUUUCAUUUGUAAUCUCCCAUUGAUAGUGUAGGUGAGAAAUUGACUAUUUGAAUUCUGGCCUGAUUCUUUUUACUCAAACAUAUCUCAGAACUAGACUUAUAGAUGGAGAGAAAAGGGAAAUGGAAAAACGCUCACUUUUCUGGUUAUCAGCAGAAUGUUUUGUUUCUGAUUAUUGGCAGCAGUUUCUGGAUAUUUCCUUUUGUAGAAGUAGUGAAAUUCCUUAUUAUGGCUUCUGGGUGAUAGUUUUAAAGAUUGAUUAUGUAACUCCCAUAUGUGGAGUUUCAGUCUUCUACCUUGGUUUCCUCUAGAUUUUUAGCCCCAGAAUUCCCCAGCCAACAUAUAAGUAAUCCUCAAGAUACAACUGUCAUGGCCUUGCAAUUAUGGUUGCAUGUUGCAACGGCUGUUAAGUGAGAUUGCUUUUCUUAACUACCCGAAUCAUUUCUUACUCCCACUGGGUCCCUGCAGUCCUUAGGUCUGACUCCCACCCCACCAGGCCUCACACCCUCCUCCUCCUCCUCCUCACCUUUUGAAGAUCUCUGAUCCUCAUGUCGGGGAAGUGUUGGAAAUGAAUUCAACCAACAAGCAUGGGUCGAUGAAAACAAAGAGAUUUUAUUAAAAGAAAAUAAUAAAAGCUAUUUUGCAAAAUAGGGUGGGUAUAUCCCAGCAGAUCUCAACAGAGGAGUUUAAGCCAGGAAGCCACACCUAAAAUUUCAAAAGCAUUACAUUUUAUAGUUUCCUAUCCCGACGGUCCAUUUCCCUCCUCCUUUGGACUUAUUGGACAGGUCCUCCGGGGUUUCAGCUAAUCCAAGAUGCCUCAAAGGAAUACAUUGUCUCCCUCUUUGUUUUCUCAGAUUACUUUCUCUUCAGCACCCCCCCCCCCGUACCUCUCCAUACCUGUCCAUUACACAUCUACCUAGCAUCUCUCAGUUUUAAGGAAUGUCUCCGUGCACCCUCAGCAGGCCCCUCUCCUAUGCCAAAGAACAGAAUAAUGCCCACAUGACCUUCUCCAAGCAUAUGCACCAUAGACAUGGGAGAAAAGUUCCACAAAGCAUAUUAUCUAACUAUAUUGUAAAAUUCAGUCAUAUUUAGAUCUUAAUGCAGGAAAGAUACAAUUGAUUUCAUACAUAUGUUUUUACAUUUUACAUACAAAUGCUUAACAAAUAAAUGCUUAAAUGGAAAAUACUUUUGUAGCAGCAUAACAUAUAUUGUGCAAUAAAAUAACAAGUUUCUAUUCAA